AUGGAAGUACUCUGCACCGCCGCCGUGAAAAUCAUAAACAUCAGCGACGACGACAACGACUACCACGAUGACGUUUUAGUAAUACACUCAACUCAAGAAAUUCCAACGCGUAAGCGUAAACGAGCUGUACGGAGAAACUUUGAAUCUGUUCGUUCAAAUCGCAGCCGUACUGGAACGGAAAAAGUCUUAAUUGAAAUAUCCGAUGAUGAAAUUGAAAUUUUGUCGAAUAAUUCAAACUUCAUAUGUGAGAUUUGCAUAGAUGAGAAGCCAAUGACUGAAAAUUUUCAAAUUAUGGGUUGUAAUCAUUCUUACUGCAAUCAAUGUACUGUCAAUUACAUAGCCUCGAAGCUCCAACAGAACAUUCCACAAAUUUCGUGCCCUGUUUUGGGUUGCAAUGGGAAUUACGAACCUUAUUAUUGCAGAUCGAUUCUUCCUAAACAAGUUUUUGAUAGAUGGGGAGACGUGUUAUGCGAGAUGAUGAUUAUGGAUUCUGAGAAAUUAUACUGUCCUUAUAAAAAUUGCUUAGCUCUUUUGAUUCAUGAAAUUAGGGAAAAAUAUAUGGUGAAUAGUCAUUCAAAAUGUCCGGAAUGUAAGAAAUUGUUCUGUGCUAAUUGUAAAGUUCCAUGGCAUAAAGGGAUUUCGUGUGAAGAAUUUAAGAAACUGCGAAAAAAUAAUGAAACGGGUACGGAAGAUAUGUUGCUUAUGAAGCUUGCAAAGCGCAAGCGAUGGCAGAGGUGUCCAAAAUGCAGAAUCUAUGUGGCUAGGAAUAAAGGUUGCGCUCAUAUAAUAUGCAGGUGUGGAUGCCACUUUUGUUACAAAUGUGGAGCAGAUCAAAUUCUUAAUCCCAAUCACCUAUGCAUAAAGUAUAGUGCCUUUUACUUAGAACCUGUUUCCUAUAAUUGGAAUGUACCUAAAUUAGUUCACUUGGCACACAUCAUAGAGGCGGAUUCAAUAUUUGAUAUUUAUAUAUAG